AUGAAAAGAGACAGACCAUUAUCUCCUUCUGAUUUAAUAACACUACCAAACAAAAAAAGAAAAAUCGAGAGGUCUCCUCCUACCUCAACUCAAAAUAAAAACAUAUUUGGAUCGGGAACAAAAUAUGCUGAAAAUUCAUUUGCCAUAUUAACAGGGGAAGAGGAUGAGAUUACACGAUAUACAGUUCAGGCGAAAUUAUACUGUAUGGAGGAGCAGUGGAAAGAAAGAGGUGUUGGUUUUAUAAAACUCAAUUAUUCAAAAAACAAUGAAAAAUCUCCACGUUUAGUAAUGUGCGUUGAUAACAUAUUAAAAGUGAUUCUAAACGUGACAUUGUUUAACAGAAUGUAUAUUGAAAGACAGGAGAAAUUUUUAAGAUUGUUCGUUUAUGAGGGAGAUAUACUUGUUCAUCUUGCAAUUAAGGCAGUUGAUGAGUUUUAUAACGCUAUAAUGGAUGCAAUUCCCUCGGCUCGAAAUUAA